GCCGGGAUCGUGUCUUGGGCGCCGAAAGAGAAGGAAAUAUUCUUCAACGUCCUUGACAGAAAAGGGAAAGAUGGUAUCCGUGAUAUAGCUGGUGCGAUUGGUACGAAAUCAGAGCUGGAGGUCCAGGAAUAUCUCAGACUCUUGCAACGGAGACUAGAAUGGCAGCAUAUGGAAGAUGAGCACAGCAGAGCAAUCGUCCUAGGCGAUGUGCCCGCGGCGAAGGAAGUAAGUAGCGAAUGCUGCGACGCCCUUGAUGAAUAUUCUAAGCUGCUGGUACUCAAAGAGCAGCAAGAUGAGGAUGUUGCCGGAAGACAGAGGCAUCACGAUUUGUGGAUAAUCGAUCGAGACAAAGCAGAACUAGUAGAAGAACUAGAGACGCUGGAUCAAAAAUCCCCAGCCGGCUCAAGCAUUUAUCACACGGCCAGUCUACUCAACAUCCCAAGAUGGAUCCGGCUCUCCGAGCGCUUGUUCAUGAACUUCGGAGGCGCAAGACUAGAAGAUAAUUGGGUGAACAUAGCUUACGCGGGCGAAGCACCAGCAAUAACUGCCGAUGCGUUAGCCGAGUUCUAUACUCUCACCGUAAGCGUGACACGCCGUUUGAUUCAAUCGACCCUGUUUUUCGCCAUGUCAAGACUGCGCAACAUGAGAGAUACGGGUAAUAGCAAGGCCAAGGUAGUCAAGCCGCGAGACGUUAGGACCGCGCUGGACGUGCUUAAAAUGAAACGAGACGGGUUUGACUACUGGACUGGCGUAGCAAGGCGGUGCUGUUUGGAUGUUUCGGAUUCUCGACAUAGAAAAGGAUGGAAGUCCGUUCGCCUGAGUCACGACGAGGUGGAAGAUAUGCUGUCCAAUAGGACACCCAUCGAUGCAGAGUCGAAUCGGAGCACAUCCAGACAAAGGUCAGAAAGCAGGUUGCAGAGCACAGACGGCGAACACACAGACAGCGAUGAGGAUAAUCCGAGUGACAGUGGAAACGAGUUCAAGCCCGAACGCUCCCCAUCCCCAACUGCACCCUUAUCACCAGAAGUCCCCAGCGAUGAAGAUGAACUCCCAUCGGAUUCUGAAAAUCAACACGCCGAACAAGAAGACCAAAAGGCCAGUUGUCUUGAAGAGCUAGAACUUUGGAAGGCUUUGGACCGGCCAGUGCCGGAUUUUUCCGGUCCGAUCAAGAAAGAAGAUCAGGGAAGUAAAAUACGCAAACCGAUAGGAGAGCGCAAAACACAGCAAGAGCUUGUAGAUUGGCGUGAAAGGACACUAUACCGAAGCGACUGGGAGGAGUAUGGUCACGAAGUUUAUGAUAUCUAUGAAGAGAUAUCCGAGAAGCGACGAAAACGAAGGCGCUUUGACAGUUCACGGGAUCCUUCACCUGUCACAGUCGAUGGUGAAAACAACCAAACAGAUAAACUCAAUGUUGAACCAACCGCUGGUGAAUAUGACGAGGACAUCAACCCGGGUGAAGACGACCACGAAGACAUAGAAAUGGACGAUUCAGCCGCCCCAGACCUAAACACCACUAUCCCUCAAGAUGAAGAAGAUCCUGAAAUUCACAAUACCCGACACAAACAAACAACCGAACUUAACUCAAACCAGAAAGGAGCGGAUGAAUCAGACUCAUCCCCACCCGUCAACACAAACCCCGGAUACCGAUCACCUAUACUAACCCGUCGGAAGCGCAUACAAGUCGAGCCCAAACAAGAAGAAAGCUCCUCUUCUAGCUCAGACGACGACCUUCCUGCACCCAGGGAAUAUCCGUCCUCAGAGCAGGACGAAAGGGACGGCAUGCCUCUAUAUUCACAGCCGAUGAGUCCGGCUGACUGGCCCAGCGAUUGAUUGGACAUCCGUCCAUCUAAUUUUGCUAUAUAUUGUGGCCCAUUUUUCGAUCUCUGGCUUUUUGUAUGAUAUUUUUGUAUGAUACCACAUAAACAUGUUGGUCAC